AGGAGGUGGGCCGGUCCGGAGUAUCUCCCCAUCGCCGUGACCGCGCGUCAACCUUCUUAUUCUUCGUGCAAGGUUAUAAGAGAGGCAUAACCCACUCGCAGGGGCCGUGAGUGCGUGAGUGUGCAUGUGUGUGCGUGCGUGUGAACAAAUGCGUGGCACUGCUGCCAGAACAAGUAUGUAAACGAGUAAUAGGAGUGAUUGCUCGUAACUUCACGCGGCGCACUCGUCUCUGACACACGAGUAGGGUCGUUUGUCGUCGCCGUGCACGGCAGCUAUGGGUGCAGUCUCGUGUUAGACCACAACGCGCGAGCACCGACUACACCGACUACAAGCCUACCUACCAUCUCCCACUCGGUUUCAUUGCUCCUGAAUCGCCGAUUCGACACUGCGUCAACGCUCGCCUGGCUGUCAUGCGCUUCCGAAAUAGAAGCGCUUGCUCGAACACCUGCCGAUUCGGCGAAAUGCUGACGGCGCUGGCUGUAAUCCUACUCACGGUCACCGCUCGGUGUAUCCACUGCCAGCAGCAAUCAGGUGAACUCGCGCAGACGGAUGAAGUCCUUCCGGCUGAAUCUGCGGUCGUGGUCCAGACCGUAGCCACUCCGACACCCGAACCCAGUCUCAUCGACAAGCUCAAGCGAUGGAUCGGCCAGCGCAUCGACGAGUCCUCACCGGCACUGACGCGCAAGCUUCUUACAGCCGACGUUUCACCUCAGUGUAGUAUCGGCCUCCUGAAGAUGGUACGGGGACUGCGCAACCUUGAGCCAUGGGCGUUAAGACUUUUCGACGCUUCGGGCAAGUACCCGACCGGAGCACUUCAAGCCACAAAGUCGGACUUUGGCGCCUUCGACGAGUGCCUAGAGACCGUAGUGAAGGACAGCCAUGGCUAUGUGGUGGCACGUGGUCAGUAUUGCAAUCUGCUCUAUUUUGGCGGGAACAGCAGCGACCUCCAGAACUACAUCUUUCCCGCCAUGACAGUUGUGCAUCCUAGGAUCAUUAAGUUUAAAAGUCACUUAGUGAACCCCACGACGCCAACGUUCCGUAUAGGGCUGUGUGUGCUGAAUGACUGCGCGGAAGAAGAGCUGCAAGAAAUCAUUAAUGCAGUUGCCCCUGAAGGAGUAGUACUACGGAUCAGUGACUGCGUCACUGGAGAAUUUCCUCCGCUCAGCAGAACACAGAUCAUCAUCACGUCAGUUUUGGGCACCAUUGCCAGUCUGAUUGUCCUAGGAACAAUAAUCGACAUAGUGACAUCAAUUACAAAACCAAAAACCUCGAAGUGCGUAGGCUUGCUAAUCGAGACGUUCAAGUCUUUCUCUCUGGUGUCAAACACAAGAAUGUUGCUCAGUGUGGCAAAGGACAAAGGUUCCGACUCGUACAGCUACCGUUUCCUGCACGGUGUCCGCUUCCUCAGCAUCGCCUGGGUUGUUGUCGGCCACUGCUAUGGCUCUCCGUCUGACACAUGGUCCCGUGUUAUAAACAACGUCAUAUUCGCAGAAAAGUGGUUCACCAUGAUUGUGGCUGCAGGAUUCAUAGGCGUCGACACAUUCUUCUUCAUGAGUGGAUUUCUUCUAGCGUAUGUCGUCGCGAAACAGAAGCGAAGUGGACCAGUUCUUUUCAUCAUUGCCGUUGUGCGACGGUACAUAAGGACGAUGGUGCCUCCGUUCUUCAUCAUCAUGUGCAUGUAUAUGCUUCCGGCGAUCACGUCGGGACCCGAUGCCAAGGCUUACUUUGACAAGUUUUAUCGCGAGGUGAAGGAGCACUGGAAGACCCUUCUUCUGCAAGUGGACAACUACAACCACGAGUAUGACGGCAGUGGAAGAUUGCCAAUUAUACCUCACUUUUGGUACCUGUCCCUCGACUUCCAAUUCUUUCUUGUGAGCUUGAUCAUCCUUCUUCUAUUUAAAAGCAAGCCACGAUGCACAAUAGCGAUCUUCUCCUUAUUGUCGAUAGCCGGAUGUGCCGCUUCCACGUGGCAUGUAGCCGGUAACGACACGCCCCCAUUCAUCGUGGUCGUCGACGAAUCGGUUACGAAUUUCUUCGAAACCAUGUACUUCUACUACCUUUACCCCCACUACCAUGCUGCGUGCUACUUCACUGGGCCCAUAGCUUUCAUUCUCUUGGAAGGCUUCCGGAAACGUAAAAUAUCAAAGAUCACGCAGCUGGCCGGCUGGUGUAUUGCGAUUGCCUGUGGCCUCUGCUGUAUUUUCAUGAAGAUUGGCUGGUACACGACGAAGUACCCAACAACAGAGUUCGGGAAGCUCUCUACCACUUUCUUCGACAGACUUCUAUGGUCAAUUUUCAUGAUUUGGCUAACGUUGGCUUGCGCCUCGGGUCGAGGAGGUUUCUUGAACAAGUUCCUGUCAUGGGCCCCAUUCGCACCAUUGGCCAGGCUGGCAUUCGGCGUCUACCUCAUACACAUGCCAUUCAUUCAGUUGGCAUUGCACAUAUCUCGAGAGAGGAUGACGCUGUCUCACUUUGUAGCGGCUUCAUUCUGCUUUUCAACCCUCGCCUGGAGCUACAUCCUAAGCUACUUCUUGUUCUUCUCCUGCGAGGCGCCCAUAGGCAAACUGGACAAGCUUGUUUUCGAAGGACUACGACAAAAGAGUCCCAUAAAGCAAGUUGAAGACACACUGCCAACAAACAUUGAAUUCGUCACAGAAAAGCAGCAAAUUGCCGGUCACAUGGCGGAGAGCAACAACAACAAUAGCAGUGAAACGGCGCCCCACGAGCAGCAGUUUGGAUUGCAACAGAACGGUGUGAAACCUUCUGCGGACGCAGCCAGCUGCCGUCUUUGAUGUGAAAGUGUUUCUCGUGAGUGCGCUGUUGAUCGUUAUAACCUGCCUUCGGACACGUGGAGCAACAGUUUGUGCACCGCCCACGAGACCGUAUCGAUACGAGCUUGUGGAACGCAUACUACGAGGACAUGAACAAUUGCACAGUUCCUCAGCAACCUAUUUUAUCAUGCUGGCUCUGUGAGCUCAGGCUGAACGAUGAAGUUACGUCACUGGAGCAUAGCCAAAAAAGUUUUUUUGGGGGGGGGGGGAGAAUAUCAAUCACCAAUUAUGUAUGUUCAUGCGUAUGUUUGUAUGUGUGCGGGUUAUAUAUUUACACAAGCAAAAUUGAAAAAAAAUGUAAGGGGCACUUAAUCUCCCCGUGUUCUCUCCACCCCCCCUCCCCCCGUUGCUGGCCAGUGCUACGUGAUGUCUUUUUUUAACUAAAAGUGACGCGACCCUCAAAUAUCACAGGGACAUGUUGUAUUCUUUUAUCUUUAGAUGACUCGUGGUCCUAAACUAGGUAUUCUUGCUCGAUAGCAGCGUUCGCCAUGAAUAUCUCACUGGCAUUAGGGAGAACGUGAGCACCGCUUUACCUUUUUUCCGCCGUUUAAGCCUCCUGGCAUCCUUGCAAUUAACUAUCAGUGAGAUUGUAAGGUCUAACGACACUCGAGGUGCUCAUACCAGACAAAAAUCAUCGCAUACGCAUCCUAGAAACUAUUAUUUCAUACACCGUGCGCAAAAUAAGCAUCACUUCCUUUUAGGUGGUACAAGUAAAUUUAUUCUCGCUCACAGCGAACGCCACCAGGCAUUCAUUAUUCACUUGGAUCUUGUUUUCGCCCUUAUCUGUAAUCAAUAGUGCAAAUAUGGAUGACAUUCAGGUGUCACAAAUGGAAGCCAUAACAACUCUGAAUAGAAGAAAAAGCUUAAAGAGUGGUGAAGUUCGAAGGUUGGUGCAUAUUAUAGCUAUGUUGUGAGUAAUCGCUAUGUUGUAAGUAACAUCGCGUAAAACAAAGUCUAAAAAAAUUGGUGUUUGCAUUCGUUCGCGUUGUCCAGUUUCAUGCGCUUUACUUUUAUUGCUACAUUUGUUCAAUGCAAGAAUACAAGGCACCAACCAUUGUGCUAAGCCUGCUGUACGGGGUAAACUAUUCUCCGAAAUCAUUUUUAGAUAACGGCCACCCCGUCACAGAAGAUGGUUGUAACAUAUUUUGAAUUGAGUAGGAAAGAAAGAAGCGGUUUUCGCAUACAAACGGUUACGACAGCACGAAGUGAUAUUUUCUUGUCAUGAAAUAAUUAUAAACGAAGCACGGUGAAAUAGUGUAUUAUGGCCUUCAUACAGGUCAAAGAGCAUUAUUGUAGUCGUCGUAAGUUCGUUUAUGAAUAGUGAGAAAAUAGUCGUGAGGUUAAAUGAGGACUAUUGCUUCAUAGCAAGCAAAAUUUUUAGAGCCUAACCAACCCCACAAAUCUAUAGUGAGAUGCAGCCUAAGAACGAAUGUAGCUCCACCCACAGUGGUCACCGUCCCACCCAUGCAGGCAGAAUUUCCACAUAUGUCACACUGAAUUGCAGAUGGUUAUUUACGUGACGUCAAGCUCAUUUCACGGACUUGAAGCAUAUCACUUGCCCGUACAGGCUCGUGUUCAUUUCGCUAGUUUUCGGUAAAAAAUGUAUUCUUGGCAAAUUUCUUAAAAACUUUGACUUCACUCCUCUGCGAAACGUAACGCGUUCUAAUAAAAAUGACGAACUUUCAAUUUUUAAUAUGCGUAGUAUUUGCACUACCAGAGAAAUUUUGUUUAUGGUUAGAACGAAAAUUACCUAUCAUCGCUGUGUUACACAGAUGAAUCUCAGACGUGCUUCAGUACUGAGGGAGGAGCGUGUAUUUAACCUUACGUUGUAACCGGUUAAAAACAGUUUUUUUUAUGUUAGUAGGUGACGGCAGUUCUACGCUUUAAUGAACACUGACACGAUUUCGAGUCAUUCCAAAAGAGCUGUGUGCCGUUUCCUUGGCGUGAAGUGCUACCUCUGUCCACAUAUGUAAGUCGGAAAACGUACGUAAAUUAUUAUUUUUUGAUUACAGUUUUCAUCGACCAACAUAUACACAUAUACGAAAGGGCCACACUGCAAUGCCUAUUAUUAUUGCGAGUCGAAACAGUUCCCCGGUUUUGCGAAAUUCUCAAAACUGCUGCCGGAGUCACUGAACAACAAUUCACUUAUCGUUGUUUAUGUACGCCCUUGUAACCUACAGAUGCCGUCAGAGCUGGCGGUGUCACUGUCGCUCAAAUAAAACAUCCUGGCUACCAGUGGCGAUUGAAUCCGCGUUGAUUGCAAGGCACGCAGGUGUUCUACCACACAGACAUGCCUUUGCUUAUGUGCGCAGUGAAGAUAACCUUCUAUGCUUGAAAAUGCCGGGAAAGUAACCCGUGAUUCAGAAACACGCUCACCUUGUGUACUUGCUUCCCACUACAACAUGAAAUAUUGGAAAAAUAUACGUGAUACAAGGGUGCUUUGCCAUCGGGCGUCACAGCAUGUGAUCAUAAUUGUAGCUUCAUGGACUACAAAAAUCACAAUGUUACAGCGCCUACUCCCUUAAGGCCCCGUAGUGGUUGCAUAGUAAGCUCGAAAAGAUUUUAUGCCCUCUGUGUAUCAAGUUCUCACCAGGGACAGGAUAUCGCUAUCGCCUUGCACCUAGAGCUGUGCGCUGCCGCGCCGCGCCGCGCCGCCGCCGCCGCCCUUUUUUGCUCACGCUGUCCGCGCCGCCGCGGAAGUUCCGGGAAAGACCACGCCGCCACCGCCACCGCCACAGGACAAUACUUUGCGGUAUUUCCGCCAUUUGUGUUAUUUUCACCUGAGCGGAUAGUCAGGGCAUGAAAUGAAUCAGUUCACCUUUUUUUUCUGCAGUUUAUUACUCAGAGCGGCACUUGCGGUGUCAUGAUUGCUCUCUUAAUUGUUUUCGUGUUUACAUCUGCUGUCUAAGUAGGGCCCUAAAACAGCUUCAAAAAAUACAGUCGAGCAUGGUAUUCUGUCUUGGCGAUUAUAGCUCUUUUGGUGCAUUUCAUGACAUCAGAACAGUGAUUCACAUGACGUGAUUAGGGCACGUACUCCAGGAUGGUCUAUAUACGAGAAAUAUGAGUUGUAGUAAAUAGUUUUCUGCCCUGUUUUGCCAUGAAUUCACCAUCCGGCCCCCCAAUUUUUCCUCGCGUCUCACAGGGUGAUCAUGGGAGAUGAACUUGUAAUUUCGCGCCGUUUUUGUGAGUUUCAGAUAACGCAAGUUGAAUUGAGAAGAGUGUAGCCGAGAAGUUCAAACUUCUGAUAGGCUCAACGCAACAUUGCACACAUGCUUCAUCAAGACAUAGAUAUCGAAGAGCCUUUAAGAAUUGUAGUAAAUACAGUGUAGUUCCAUGUAAUAGAGAACUAAAUCGAAGGAAUAAGCUCCUCUGUCAUGUUUCGUAUAAAGUCCGAAAAAUUGCUUUUGUAUGCAUACUCUAUGCUGUUUUCGCGGUUAAAAUCCCAGGAGCGCUAUAUAGUAAGCAACACUGCUGAAGCAUAGAAUAAACAAGCUGCCCAUCUCUAUCACACUGAUAGCGCAUGCAAUAACAUCACUCUGCAUGCGAUGCCUACCAUCGAUUGCUCCUCAACCGGAAAGCAAGCGCUGUCUGCCUUUUGCUGAACGAAGGAGUAUGAAGGGAUACUCAGGUAGGAAGCUGCGUGGCUCAAUCCGCAUCUGGGAACUUUGAAUAUAAGAGCUUGGUCGUGAGUGCUAGCUCGCUCACUAUUUCAGCAAAAAUCAGCGAAUGGCUCAGUUACCCAUCUACACGCUACGAAAUUCACUGUACGAAUCCUGUUUUUCUCCCUGGAACAGCCAUAUUUCUAUACACUAGCAUUUUACAGUUUAGCGAUAUCAGACAAAAAAGAGUUCGUUGCAGCCUAACCUCCUUAUGGGGCUGCGAGCUUCUGUCGCACGGUGUAAAAUGUGAAGUUAUCAAAGGAUUUUCUCACCUUAAUACUGUUUAGGUUGCCCCAAAGUUAGCAUGUUCUCCUCAAAGACCUGAGAUCGAUAAUGUUAUUAACUUUUCGUACAGGACACUUUAGCCUCAUCUUUUGGGGAAUUUGAAUGCUGUAGCAAUUUUUGCAGUGUAUCUGCGCUCCUCAAGUGUUGUACGUGAUAAUGGCGACAAAAGUUUGUUGCACACAAAUAUGUUAAGUGUAACCUCCGAAACCCAGUCUACCGUAAAGAUAUAUUUCAGCUCACUCGUCGCAUAAAACGCUUACGUAAGAAUCGACAUUUCAAGUGUAUGAUAAUGCUUCUUGAAUUAUAGCAUUGAGAUGUAAAUACAAGCUAAAAUCAAGAGGCUAACAGAUACUGCAUUGGCAAUGCCUGCGCUACACUUAUGAAAAAAGUCCAUCCAGGUUUUAGAGCUCGAUUACUCUUGCAUCGUCUACGCCGUCGUUGUUUAUUCUUGAUGACCAAUCCUCCUUAAAUACGGAAGCUGUAGCAAAUGUAUUUAUUGCUUACUCUAAAUCUGUUUUUUUUUCUGUAGCUAACGGCAUUACUCCUUCAUUUUACGCGUGUGACAAACCACCUGCUCUUCCUAAAUUUGAAUUGAGCUUUUCUGAAGUGCAUAACCUAAUAGUAUUUUGAAGUUACGAUACCCUCUGACCCAGACGGUAUGCCAAACAUAUUUUAAAGUGGUACUAAAUAUGGUGCGCUAAUUGUUUUGCUGUAAAAAGUAAAUAUCUGCAAAAAAAAGUUAACAAACGUCGUGCUCUUAAGUCCAGAAACAAGCAAAUUGCGAAAUAUAGGCCAAAAUCUUUGCUUUAUAUACCAGGUACACACUUUUGGAACACAAGGUCAACAAAUACUAUGUAUAAUACCGAAACACACACAACCUAUUUUUCCGGUGGAUACACAGUUGCUUCAAUUUACGCACGACAUUGUUGCUUGCUUUAACGACCGAGGAUAGACUUAUGCCAUAUUUAUUGACUACUCUUAGGAUAUUUUUUUCAAAAAUAAGUAGAAUGAUUUUGCUUGCCAAACGUCUAUCUACUUCACAAUUUCGGAGACAACAAACUGGUUUAUUGAAUAACAAAUCACCUGCGAUCGCACUCCAAAUUCAUUACGUUUAACCACGCGAAGUCAUCUGACGUACAGAUCACGUCCGGCGUGCCUGGAGACUUAGUGCUUGGGCCACUUUUCUUUAUAAUUAUUAUAAGUUACGUGGUCGAGAUUAUCAGUAACACCCAAAGUAAACUUGAAAUGUAUGUAGACUACUGCGUUAUCUGUAACAUGAUCUCUUAUACUCAAGAUCAACAUGCACUGAUUACUUUUUCUUCGGUCGUUUUGUAACAGGAGUGAAACAUGGCAAUUGUCUAGUAACUGCAAAAAUACCAUAGCCACGACAUUUUCAAAUGAAACAUGGCCUCUUCGUUUUUAAUAUACUAAUGACCGUGUAAGUCUAGUACGUGUCAUGGAGUUUAAUGGUGCUGCUCUCCCAACAUAUUUAAAAUGGCACAGUAAUUUGGAACAGUACAGUAUCUUCGAAAACAGAAGAAUCUCCAACACACGUUUAACUACUAGGAAAAUGAAUGCGGAAUGAGAGCGCAUAAGGGUUUGGCCAAACUUGAAUAAGCGUUGUUUUUUUGGUCACCUGACCACAGACAUGACAUAGCUAUGUGAGAAUCUGUUAAAAAAGCAAUACUGCUUAUAUUUCGUCACUUUAACCAGUGUUUCUCGUUACUUAAUUAGCAUGCGCAUGUUUAUUCGCUGCAGCCCAUAUCGAACAUCGGCACACUUGCAACCGUGUCAUCCUUCUGCAUAAAUAAGAUGGUUCACACUGGUUACAGUGUCCAGGCACCCAUAUCUUUCGUUGCAUCUUCUGCUCACCGUACCCGGUGGUUUGAUUCUAUGAAUAUUUUGUCAGUUGAAUCAAUUAAAGAUUGUUUAUAUUUU